AUGUUCGACGACAUAAAUUGGCUGAUCCUUCACUCCCUAAAAUCGGUCGCCUGGAUUAUGAACUCGGAUAAGCACUGCUUCGAGAUCUACGGCUUCGACGUUUUAAUCGAUGACAAGCUUAAGCCCUGGCUGAUCGAAGUGAAUGCUAGCCCGUCGCUGAGCGCCACGACUGCCAAUGAUAGAAUUAUGAAGUAUUCCGUCAUCAAAGAUGCACUAUCAAUUCUGUUUUACGAUCGGGAAAUUCCCGAUUCUCGCGCAGAAAAGAACCCCCCUCGUUCAAGUUUUGGCCAGUACGAGCUGUUGUAUGACAAAGAGGCAGAGAAAGCAGAACAAGAAGCUGCGAAACCUGCUUCGAAAAAGGAUCGCAGCGGGGCAACUCGCGUCUAA